AUGCAGGAUUUCAAAAACAAAGACAUGUCAUGUGGGCUUUUUGUGGCCGAAGUUCGAGGUUCACGUAGUUGCGCAGUUUGCAAACGAGACAUUCGGGAACAUGAUCCUCGAGCAUUGUACGUUGAACCAAGAAGAAUAUUCCCAGAACUACCACCGUUGCCGGCCCAAAAUAUGACAUCACUGGCAACAUCAGAAAACUCGGCAUUCACACCUUACGCUCGGCCUUCUGGUAUUCCUUCCAUCCCUAAGUCCUCUAGCUCUUCGACCGCCAACGUCGGAGGAGCCACAUCAGGAGCAUCGUCUGUCGUUUCUACAACUGCAGCUCCUCCACCUCUAAUUCGUCCAACUCCACGUCUUGCUGUGCCACACAGUGCCAGUAACCUCUUUGCCCCAAACCAUUCUCUUCCACAACAGGAAGAUCGGUCAGAUUCUUGUAUUUAUAAGAAGAUCCGAGGCAAACGAAAGGAAAGAAGUUGUAGCGUUGGUGAAUUACGAUCGCCGAGCCCAGCUGAGACAGAAGACGAUCAAGUACGAACAUCGUGCCGUGCAUCUCCCAUCCCUACCCAGCGAUCGAACGAUUUCAAAAAGAUUCUUCAACGAUUUCAGUCUGCUGAUCAAUCUGAUAUACACGUUCCCACUCCAAAUCGUCGUUCCACUAUUGAAAUUUACAGUAAUUCUAACAGUAUGAGUCCAGCUCAUGAUGAUGCUUGGAGCUCUUCCAGAUGCUCAAGAGACGAAUGGUCUCCGGUGCAAGUCGCCCCACGUGAUACAUGGAGUCCCGCUCAGCGAAGCAGCCAAAAUUCAGGCUACAGAAAUAGUGUAGGCUCUCGGAACACGUCUGCUCGUUCCCGACACAGCUUGUCCUCACUUCAGAGUCCAUUGAGUUUUUUGCCAACAAGAGAAUGUUCACCGAGAUCGGCUCCAAGUCCAUCCCUCAUACCACUUCGGAACGGUAUACUCGUUUGUGAAGACGAUCGAGUCAACUCUGCCGAGAGUCACAGUCCGCUGAGCCACACAGGAUCUACUCCAGAACCACAGCCUGAGAGUAUGAGGAAGCCACUUCAAGUCACUGUACCCAUUCCAAAGAGGAGAUCACUACCAGGAAGAUGGAUCAAAGAAACUGAUGUUGAUGCGCCAUGUUCUCUGCCCAUGACCCCUUUAAGUUCUCCCUCAAUCACAGCUUAUUCUCAAGAGGAUUUACAUCAUAAAAGUGUUUUAAAUUCCUCGAAAUCAUGUAGUCCAGAAGAAAACCAACCGAUCAUUCCCUUGAAGCCAAAGUUUAAUGGUCGUUAUUCUGGUAGUUGUCGUCGUGUUUUGUCUGGUUUGGAAAAUAAUAAUCAAACUGGACCAAAUGGAGUUUAUGUCCGAAGGAGUCGUUCGAAAGAUGAUCGACCUAUUACAACCUAUAACGCGCGGCCUGCUAAAUCUUUCAGUGGAUCAGGAAGUUCAAUAUCGCGUGGAACACGUCACAACAUUCCAGUUUUCAUGUCAGCUGAAAGUGUGAAUAGUCCACAAAGAAGCCCCAGUCCUCCUAAAAGCAUUAAAGACUUUGAAUAUUACAAACACUUCCAACAGAUUUCUUUGAAUCAUGUCCAAACCCUCUCAAUGGUAGCAGACAGAUUAGCUGACGAUCUAAGACGAGGAGAGGAGCCUGUCUCAAGAAAUAGGAUGUCCAACCUUGAUUUUUCUCAUUUUGUUAUUUCUCCGCAACCUGUGUUAACUAAAGGAAAGAGUUUAUUCUACAAUGCUGUUUUACCAAGACAAGGACAAGUAGACUACCCAGCAACCUUGAUGAUUGCUCCUUGCUCCCAAUAUGCCCCUCUGAUGAGACGAGGAGAUUCUCAGUUAUUUGGAGUUCCAGGAUUCUUGGAGAUGGAAGAUCAUGACGGAGGCAUCCGCAGGUUCUUAGAAACAACUGGAACUCAUAACUUGGAUGGAAGACGUGUUAAAGUCAUAGCGAUGCCUCGGCAGAGUUUGUGCUCAUUCCAUUCAUUAGCUGCUCACCAUUUGAAUGAAAGAAUGGAUCGAACCUCUCAUGAAGAACUCGUUUGCUUCAUUCUCCUCCAGCUAAUGGCUGCGCUGAAAAUGCUUCAAAGUGAAGGCAUUGAAGCCUUGAGUGCGAACUUUAAGGAAUUUUUAUUAGCGUACAGGUUUUCCGCUAUGGAUUCUCAAACACAAAUGAGAGAUUUCCCCAGAUUAAUAUUUUUAUCGGAAACUCUUGGAGCUGAAGUCGAAACCGGCUCUGAUGAGCUGGUUGGUCUUUGUAGGUAUGCAUUGAGAGCUCUUUGUACUCUACUUCAUCAUCGAAUGGAUGGACGUGCUCCCCCUAUUAAACUUCGAUCACGCUUUUCGAGAGCGCUACAGGCUUGCGCCAACUUGUUGGCCGAAGACAAGUCCAGUAGUUUGACAAAGGCUAAGAAUGUGUUAGAAUUAGCGUUAUGGUGGAAUGGUGAUGCUCCACGAAGUGAAACGGACUGCAGAAGAAGCAUAGAUACAUCUCGAGCAGAGUGUAUCGAUGUAUUGUUGCGCCAACUUAUAUGUGAUCCUGGAUGCCGAAUGGGCCCGAAAGAGAGAUUAAGAGUUGAAUUCCUUUUAACAGCAACUCCCCGAUCUUUGAUUGAUAGCCAGAAAGCUGUUUUAUCUGCUCAUGUAUCCUGA